UGAUCGACCAACCCGAUAAAAGGGCAUGAUUUUCAGCUCACUCAGACAUCUCUUCUUACUAGAACAGGUAUCAGCCAGCAGGCUAUCAUACUUAACGCACAUGGCGUCUACUCAAUUCAUCGGUGGACGACGCAGAGCGUCCGAAUACGGGCUACAACUCAAACGCACUUUUUCCGUCAUUCAUGGCAGUCUGGAUUGGCUAACUCCUGAGGCUCGUGAGUAUGUGGUGGAAAAAGCGAGGUUGUGUCAGCCCGAGAACAUUCACGUUUGCGACGGUAGCGAAGCGGAGAACGCGGCGCUCGUUGAUCAGAUGGUGAGAGCGGGAACGUUGAAGAAGAUCACGUCAGACAAGUUCGAGAAUUGUUACUUGGCAUUGACUGAUAAACGAGAUAUAGCUCGUGUGGAGCGUAAGACCUACAUUUGUAUGGAGAAGGAAAAGGAUGCUUGCCCAACUGUCAGAUUUGGAUCAAAAGCCUUUCUUGGCAACUGGAUGUCUGUUGAAAGCAUGGAUUUUCAGAUGAAUCGACUACGCUUUCCAAACUCCAUGGCAGGUCGUACGAUGUAUGUAAUCCCAUUCAGCAUGGGGCCUGUUGGGUCACCUCUUGCCAAGUAUGGUUUCGAACUGACAGAUAGUCCAUAUGUUGUCUCCAGCAUGAGGAUCAUGACGAGAAUGGGCAAAUCUGUACUUGACUAUCUGCAGCAGAGUGGAGAGAAGCAAUUCAUUCGGUGUCUACAUUCAGUUGGCCGGUCACUAGGGAUGCUGUCGUCUUGGCCCUGUGAUCCAGAGAACACACUGAUUGCUCACUUUCCACACAGAAAUGAAGUUUGCUCGUACGGUAGUGGAUAUGGGGGCAACUCUCUUCUUGGAAAGAAGUGCUUUGCCUUGCGUCUUGCGUCAAGUCUUGCCCAGCGAGAAAUGUGGCUAGCAGAACACAUGCUGAUUCUUGGUAUCACAAAUCCUGAGGGAAAGAAGAAAUACAUUGCAGCCGCUUUCCCCUCAGCUUGUGGCAAGACCAAUCUGGCCAUGUUAAAGCCUACCCUUCCAGGUUGGAAGGUAGAAUGUGUUGGUGAUGACAUCGCUUGGAUGCGAUUUGACUCCGAAGGCAACCUGAGAGGUAUCAACCCAGAAAGUGGUUUCUUCGGUGUUGUUCCUGGCACAUCAAUGAAGACCAAUCCAUAUGCCAUGAAAGCCAUUCAUAAGAAUACAAUCUUCACCAACGUUGCAAUGACCAAGGAUGGUGAUGCCUACUGGGAAGGAAUGGAAGAUGAAGAUCUCGAUCUUGAUGAGGUAGAGGUGACAUCUUGGGAUCACCGUCGCUGGACAAGGGAAAGCGAGUUCACAGCUGCACACAAGAACUCGCGUUUCUGCAGUCCAGCCCAUCAGUUGGAGAUAAUUGAUCCUGCAUGGGAGGAUCCAAAGGGUGUGCCCAUCGAAGCGAUUCUAUUUGGUGGUCGACGAGAGCGAGUUGUCCCUCUUGUCUACGAAUCAAAUGACUGGACGCACGGAGUUUUCACUGGAGCCUCCAUGCGAUCUCUAACAACAGCAGCAUCUCUGGAGGGCACAGUCAGGAGAGUUAAUCAUGAUCCAUUUGCAAUGCGACCAUUUCUUGGUUAUAACUGUGGGCAGUAUUUCCAGCACUGGCUAGAUAUGGGUAAAGUGGCAAAUGCCAAACUUCCAAAAAUCUUCUAUGUCAACUGGUUCAGAAAAGAAGAGCGAUCCAAACUUCCAGGUGGCCAAGAUCCGAAGUUCCUAUGGCCCGGGUUUGGUGAGAAUUCUCGUGUUCUUGAAUGGAUCUUCCGGCGCACAGACAACGAAGAUGUUGCCAUUUCAUCUCCCAUUGGAUUGGUGCCAAAAUACGGUGCUCUCAACAUCGAAGGUCUCACACCUGCAGUCGACAUGGAGAACCUGUUCGCAAUUCGCAAGGAUGAUUGGGUGCGUGAGGUUCAAGGGAUACGAGAAUUCUUUGAAGACCAACUUCCUGAGGAUCUUCCUGGACCACUAUGGACCGAGCUGAAGAAACUAGAAGAUCGAGUUGCCUCAAUGCCCUAGACAAUGACCCAGCAAUAGCAUGAAAUGACUUUGUGUAAUGCAAUAAUCUAGGCAAUGUUUUCUCUCUAUAGGCAAUACUGCUGGAUUGAGUUUUCUCACAUGUUUGAUCAACGUGACUAUAAUAUGAUUCCCAA